GGCGGUUGCUGCCUUCCGAGUGGGCUUCAUUCGCAAAGUUGGCGUGUAAAGCCUCGCUGAAUGACGUGAUUAAGAGAGAAGCUCUUCAUAAAAUGCGGAAAAAAAGAUUCCUGUAACCAUGGUCUUUGCUGAUAUCAAGCCUUUCUAACCUGGAAAAAGAUUAAGAGGAAGAUGAUGGAAAUGUAUACUAUUGUGGAUGGUGUGGAAUAACAGGUGUUUUAUUAAAGAUGACCAGUGGCAUGUUGGAGAUAGAUGUCUUACACCUUUUCUUGAACUUGAACUUUUGGAUGCUGCUAUAAUGUCUUUUGAAACAAAUCGCAAUGGGAAGUGUUCUGCCACAAUUUCCACUGGGAAAAAUCAGGAAGAGGAAAUACUUACAACCAAACUCUCCCAGAUCAAAACAAAUGAAACUACAAAGAAGAAUUUAAUAUUUGAUAAUGAAGAUUUGGAAAAGCCUUAUUUCCGAGACCGAAGUCUGCCAUCACUGAUGGUUGCCUUCGAGCUGUCCAACAAUGGGGAAGAGAUCCCUUAUACCAUUAAUAGAUACCUACGUGAUUAUCAAAGAGAAGGAGCCCAGUUUUUCCAUGGACAUUAUGUUCGUAAAAGUGGGUGCAUUCUUGGAGAUGACAUGGGGCUUGGGAAAACAAUCCAGGUUAUUUCAUUUCUGGCUGCAGUGCUAAAGAAAAAGGGAACACGUGCAGAUAUUGAAAAUAAUAUGCCUGAUUUUUUGCUACGAACUAUCAGAAAAAAAAUGUCAUCUGUUCCAAAGAAAAUUUUCUUGAUUGUGGCCCCUCUUUCUGUGCUCUAUAAUUGGAAAGAAGAAUUAGAUGUCUGGGGCUACUUCAAGGUUAUAGUUCUGCACGGCAACCGAAAAGAGCAUGAGUUAAAUCGAAUCAAGCAGGGAAAAUGUGAAAUUGUGUUAACAACCUAUGAAGCACUUCGCCUUUACUUGAAUGAACUCAACAGCUUACAGUGGUCAGCUGUCAUUGCAGAUGAAGUACAUAGAAUCAAGAACCCAAAAUCUCAAAUUACCCAGACAAUGAAAGCACUAACAUGUAAAGUUCGGUUGGGUCUUACUGGGACUAUUUUACAGAACAACAUGAAAGAGCUUUGGUGUGUUAUGGACUGGGCUGUUCCUGGGCUGUUGGGUAGUGAAGCACGUUUCAAGACAGAGUUUUCUGAUCCUGUAGAACUUGGCCAGCGGCACACUGCAACUAAAAGAGAGCUAGCCACAGGUCGAAAGGCAACGACAAGGCUAGCUCAAAAAUUAUCGGGCUAUUUCUUAAGGCGUACAAAGGCUCUCAUCAGUGACCAGUUGCCCAAGAAGGAAGACAGAAUGGUAUAUUGUUAUUUGACAGAGUUCCAGAGAAUGGUUUAUAAGACUGUAUUGGAGACAGAAGAUGUGCAGUUAGUUCUGCGGGCACGUGAAGCAUGUAGCUGUAAUAGUGGCCAUAAAAGGAAGAAUUGUUGCUACAAAACAAAUGCUCAUGGUGAAACAAUGAAUGCGUUAUAUUUCAGUUAUUUGACAGUCCUUCGUAAGAUAGCAAAUCAUGCUGCCCUGUUACAAACGGAGAACACUAGCAAACAGCAGGAGGCCUACAUCACAAGGAUCUGCAGCCAUGUUUUUUCCAAGUUUCCUGAUUUUGUGGACCUUAGCAAAAAUGCUGCUUUUGAAACUCUUUCUGAUCCAAAAUAUAGUGGGAAAAUGAAAAUCCUUCAGAAACUUUUAAAUCAUUUCAGAAGAAACAAAGAUAAAGUGCUUCUUUUUUCUUUUUCAACAAAGUUACUUGAUGUUCUGGAACAAUAUUGCAUGGCAUCUGGGCUAGAUUACAGAAGACUCGAUGGCAAUACAAAGGCAGAGGACAGAGUCAAAAUAGUAAAAGAGUUCAACAGCAUGGAAGAAGUUAAUAUUUGCCUGGUUUCUACAAUGGCUGGUGGAUUGGGUCUUAAUUUUGUUGGUGCUAAUAUAGUUAUACUGUUUGAUCCAACAUGGAAUCCAGCUAAUGAUCUUCAAGCCAUUGACAGAGCAUACAGAAUUGGCCAGCGUAGGAAUGUGAAAGUAUUUCGGCUAAUUUCUUUGGGGACUGUGGAAGAGAUGAUGUACUUACGACAGAUUUACAAACAGCAACUGCAUUGUGUAGCGAUUGGAAGUAAAAAUGCCAAGCGAUAUUUCAAGGCGGUUCAAGGAUCCAGAGAGCAUCAAGGAGAACUUUUUGGGAUUCGUAAUCUUUUCAGAUUUCAAGACCAUGGAUCCUGUCUUACAAAAGAGAUUCUAGAGAGAGAAGGCCAAGUAGAAGCUGGUGUCAUGACAGCUGCUACAUGGUUGAAAGAGGGAUCCCAGCCUCAUGAGGAGACAGAGUGUGAUUAUGAAGAUCAAGAUACAAACCCAUUAGAAAAGGAAGGACUUGAGUGUCCCAGUGACUUCAGUGAUGAGGAGCAUGAAGUCCAAGCAAUAAGAAAGAGAAAUUACAAAGCAAAACAUGACAAAGUUGCAGAGGGACAGCUCAGUUUACAGCAGUGUGGAUUUCCUAAACUUCUAGAAAAGAAAACUAGGAUAGCUGAGGAUGGCGGUUGCAUCGAGAUGUCUAUUGAUGAAAAUGCUCAUCACAGAUUUAUGAGAGAGAAAUCCAGAGGAAAGGCCCAGAAUGAUGGUUCUGUGAAAAUUGAAGGCAGGACCAUUUCAGGAUGUAAGAAAACCUUGCUGGCAACAAUGAGUAUGAAAAGACAAGAAAAAUAUGGUGAAAUAGCAAAUAGGGCUUCUCCUGUUUUACCAUGCUUUGAGGAAGAAAAGGAUCAAUUGAAAAACAUGCAUAAUUCAAAUAAAGAUGGAAUAGUUAUGGACAUUGAAGACAGCUCAAGUGAAAAUGAUAUUAUCUUUCCUUCCCAAUUUCCUAAAGGUCAGGAAUCUAUUAAAGUAUUUCAAGAGACAGACAGAACCUGUGAUGUUUUAGCUGCAGAAAAGAUGCAUUUACUUACACCAUUGCCAAAACAUUUGACUUCCGAGGAGAGUGAUGUGAAUGUUCUGCCUUUCAGUAAAAUAAAACCAUUUGAAAACAUCCAAAAGAUAACAGCUAGGAAUGAAGUAAGUGAUGUUAGUGACGAAUCUGAAGAUAUUGAGAUGUCCAUUUCAGGAAAGCAGAAAUUUACCAGCACUAUGAAACAAAAACAAUUCCAGAACAAGGAAAGAAAUAAGUCUUCUACAACUGUUGUUCAUAGAUGCAGUCCAAGUAGGAAAGAAAGCAAUGCUGAUUCUCAAAUUAUAGAGGAAUAUUCAUCAGAAGAAGAACAUUUUCCAGUUAAGAAGGUUAAUGCUAGUACAAAAAAACUAAUGCUAAAGGGUAAUAGGAAUGGAAUUGAAAUGAUGUCCAGGUUCUCACCAUAUCUCAAUUUUCCUUCUAUGACAUUGAGAACACACAGUAAUUCUAGCAGAUGGCAGUCUUCUCUAAGCAAAGAGUCACCCUCAGGCCAAGGACAAAAAAUAGGAUCAUUGGAUGGACUUUUUGAUAAUGUUGCUGAAGUUCCAUAUGUUCAUUCAAACCAACAUGUGGUUGGCCCAAGCAAAGCUGAAAAUAAAAUGAGUCAUUGGGCAGUCCGCGAUGUUUUUGAACUACAACAAUUUUCCCAGCUCCCAGCAAACAUAGCAGUAUGCAGAGCCAAGAGAAGCAGACAGAGUCCUGAAGAUGUUCCAUCAAAGAGAAAAAAUGUGAAACAGGAUCAUUUAACAAGUGAAACCAGCAGGCCUCCUCUCCUUUAUAUUAUACAUCCUGUACACCAGAAACAGAAGAAGGUUCACCGGAUAGGCUCAAUUACGUUCCUGGUUGGAAAGACACCUAGAAAAAUCCGCAGGAAGCAGUUUGAGGAAAUGGCAGAUUUUUUUAAUAAAGCUCCUGUGGAAGAAUUUGCAAAGUACAUCACUCAAACUACAUCAGAAGAAAGGCAGAAAAUGUUGAAAGAAUUUUACAGUGCAAAACAUCCAGAGUUAAAAGAUCUUUUAAAAGUUGAUGUCCCAGCUUCUGUUUCAGAAGGAAACAAGGAAGAUGGCAAGUGUAAAACCAAGUUCAGGAAAAAACCCUCCAUUUCUAACCACGUGCAAUUGAAGUCUGAUCUUCCUAUAGAUCUCGGUGUUCCAGGUAGAUCUGAUGCUGAAGAAAAACAAUUUGUGUAUAAGCUUUCUGUACAGGCUCCUGGGAGUCAAAAUGGGGAAGACAAACAAUUGCCAGCUGAUAUUCUGGAAGACAACAUUAAUGGGAGAAACAGUCAGGCAUCCAAAGACUUCAUGGCAUCUGAGUCACUAACUGGUAAAUCAAGAAUAAUUGAGAGACUGUCUGCAAGUAGUUCUAAAGGACAGCUGAAUUUGAAGGGAACACUGUCGCCCAAAAAACUUCUUAUGUCUGACUCAGAAAGCAGUCAGGCUGAAAUGUGCCAGAAAAAUGCUGUUGCAGACUUGCUAGGAGACACCUCUAUUUUAAAUGACCUCUUCACAAGUAAUGAAAAUAGUCCAGCCGAGAUACCCAGGAGGCCUCUUAAUGGGCCUGCCGAAAAAGCAGCAACUCGACCAAAAGAUUUCUGGGACAUGCUGAAUGAAGAGAAUGAGGAGUGUCUCCAAAGACUCACAGAUGUGACAGCCAUAGAGAAACUGUGUGAAAGACCGUCUUUCACUUCUUUGUUCAAAGAGAAAGAAGAAAGUGAGAAAUCACUUUGGAAGGAAAAUGACAAUUUCUUAUGGAAAAUAGAUAAGAAAUCUGACACAGAUGAUGAAUCUUUUUCUGGUACUUAAUGUGGAAUUUAAAUAUUGAGGGAGAAAAAAGAUAAAAAUGUUCACAGAUAUCCUUGAGUUACAUUUUAUUCCCAGAACUGGCUUGAUACAUUUAAUUAAUUUAAGUUAAUUAAACAACUUAAUGCAUUUCAAGCUUUUUAAAAGGCUUUUUCAAGAAUACCUUCCUUUCAGAAGUCUUACAAAGAAAAUGCAUGUAUUUAUUUUUCAGCCAUAUUCUAUCUGUUUUAAGGAAGUUGCAAGAAAGAAAAAGACAAGCCUUUAAAAAGAAGUGAAGAAAAUUCAGAGACAUCGAGUGAGGGUUCUUCCCUAUUUUCUGUUUAUUUCAGUGGGAACUGGAACAAAUAGUUUUGAAAAGCUGAACAGCCUUUCUG